AACUUUAUUAUGUGAGGAGCGAGCUAAAAGUAAAACCACCGUGAUCUCAGUCCCCUCUCUUCUCUUCCCCCCAAAAUUUUCUGAGUCUCAACCUAAAACCAAGCCAAACGCUCUUUGGUAACAUAUCAAAAACACCGCCAUGGCUAUGCAAACCGGAGUCGGCCUUUCGAAGAUCUUGAUCCUAGUCGGCGCAGGUUACACCGGUACGAUCCUCCUCAAUAACGGUAAAUUAUCAGACAUAUUAGGCCAAUUGCAGUCACUGGUGAAGGGACUGGAAAAAUCUGGGGAGCAAUCAGAUGAUUCUGAUGCCAUUCUAGCUCAGGUGCGUCGCUUGUCAACGGAGAUUAGGCAACUGGCUUCAGUACGGCAGAUAACCGUCUUGAAUGGGGAUUCCGGCGGUAAGUUAACAUCUCUUGUAAUCCCAGCCGCUACGUUGGGGGCAUUGGGUUACGGUUACAUGUGGUGGAAGGGCAUUUCAUUCUCUGAUCUUUUCUGGGUAACAAAGCGCAAUAUGGCGAUGGCUGUGGAAAACUUAACAAAACAUCUGGAUUCUGUCUCAGAUGCUCUCUCUGCUGCAAAGAAGCAUUUGACACAACGUAUUCAGAACCUGGAUGAUAAAAUGGAAACACAGAAGGAAAUCUCAAAGGGUAUUCAAGAAAGUGUAGAAGAGGCUCGUAUGAAUCUUUCUAACAUUGAAUAUGAUUUGGAUGCCCUGCAGAGAAUGAUUUCUGGUUUGGAUGGAAAAAUAGGUUCAUUGGAAUAUAAGCAGGAUCUUGCCAAUGCUGGUGUGUGGUACCUUUGUAACAUGGUUGGUGGCAAGAAAGCUAAAAUGCCUGAAUCUCUGCAGGAGCAACUUAAACAUUCUGGGAGAUCUCGUGCUUUACUCACACAUUCUGGAACUCCAACUCUAAAGGGUCUGAAAGACGUUGCAGAUAUCUUAUCUGGAAGUAUGAAUGAUUCAGGAAGAGAUGCUAUCAUGCAAGAUGGUAUUUAUAAUUUGGUUGAAGAGCCAAGAAGCCUGCAGAGGAGCACUUCAGCUAUGUGUUGAUAGCAUGUUCAGGACCAUCAUUUUGCAGUGCGGCAGUUGAGAGCAUUUAGCCAUGCCUAUAAUUAACAUAAUAAUUCAAGUACAGAAGAAGAUUUAGAGUAAACCGAAGGACAAAGGAUUAACUUCGUAUUUGUUUAUUUAUCCGUUUGUAACAAUACUUAUUUAGCAGUUAUCCUGUCAUAUUUUCGUUUAUUCUAUUUUUAAUAUUAGGAACAAUAAAAAUUUU